UUCACCUGAGAACAAAAUAAGCAGGCUCCACCAGUACUGAGACACUGCCAGGACUCCAAGGACGUACCUUAACUCUGGAUUAUUUCUCCACUUUAAGGGUUAUAAUGGAGCCUGUAUUCACAAGUCUGAGGCUAAAGGUGGCUGUGCUGUUUCUGCUAACAAUCCAGCGGAAGACAGAUGUGACAGAAGCGAUGCAAGUGACAUCCUCCGGCCCACAGACCAUUCAGAAGGCUGAGGGGGAGACAGUCAUCUUGGGAUGCACGUACACCCCCGGCUCCCAAGACACAGGAGAGCUGGACAUUGAGUGGUCCAACGUGAGCCCGGACAUGACACAGAAAGACAAACUGAUCUUAUCGUAUGCAGGGGGCAAGACGGACAACUACGGCGACCCCAAAAGGCUCAAGUUCAUAACGGACCCCAAGCUGGGAGACGCUUCCAUCUCUCUCUCUGAUCUGAGGCCCUCAGACACAGCCACCUACCAGUGUAAAGUCAAGAAGGCGCCGGGUGUCGACAUGAGAAAAGUCACUGUGGCGGUAUUGGUCCCCCCAUCAGCUCCAAAGUGUUGGGUCGAAGGCGGCGAGGAGAAAGGUGGCACGGUCGCCCUCCGCUGCAAGUCAUCUCGGGGAUCCGUUCCUCUCACUUACACAUGGAGGAGAGAGAGCGGUACCAUACCAGCCACUGCAACCCAAGACCUACAGACUGGAGAGCUUUUGAUAAGGAACCAUACAGACAGCAACGUUGGAACUUACGUGUGUGAGGCAAAAAAUGCUGUGGGCAAAGGACAGUGUAAAUAUGCACUGCAUGCAUACAACCCUACCAAUAAGGUGGGUGUCAUAGUCGGGGCAGUGAUAGGUGCUCUCCUGCUGCUGCUCCUCCUCCUGCUUCUCAUCUGGCUCCUGGUCUGCUGCUGCCACAAGCGUCGCUACGAAAAAGAGGUGGCAAAUGAAAUAAGGGAGGACGCCCAGGCCCCAGAGAGCCGACCCUCUAGCAGAGCCUCCAGUUUACGCUCAGUGUUGGCAUACCGCACCCACCCCGGGGUGCAGUACAGCUCUGUGAAGAAGCACCUGCCCAGCGUCAGUGAAUCAGGACACAGUCCCAUCUACACAGGCGAGAGCAACGGCGCAUCACAGCCAACCACUGCAGGGGACAGCCGUGCCCCUCUUAAAUAUGACCAUCGAUAUGGAUACCCUGUGUAAACACAAUCCAAAUGCAUCAUAGACUUUUUAUCUUUAAUAUGACGACGUCCCUGAAGAAAGGACUUUUAAGUAUAACACAUAUAAAGAACUCCAUGUAAAGUAUGUAUGACAAAUGGUGCUUUGCAGUAUAUUUACCCGGAGAAUAAUGGGAGUGCUGGUGUGGAACUACUGGGGACUCAUAAAAUCUUACCUCAACCCUUAGACAAAUACAAAUGUACAGCUGGUUGACUUUCAUAAUGCACUGUAGCACAUCACUGCUAGUGAAUAGGUUCUCAUUGUUACACUGAUUUUGCUAAAGCUAUGUAAAAUGUAUUUAUGUAUAUGAAAAAACUCGUAUUUUUACUGAGGCUUUUUUUCUAUGACGCACACGACAAUCAAUUUAUUACUUUUUUAGAAAUAUGUGUACAAUAAAACAUGUUUUAAUGACCCUCUAAAUCCCAUUUAGGGUUUGCUGAGCGUUCA